AUGAUGCAGCUCAUUCGCCAAGAUGUCUACGACUGUCAAGUGCCCAGCGAAUGGGCCUCUACCAUCUAUGACCUUGCGCUCAUGUUGAGCACACAGUUUAAACUGGACCUUCGGCCAGUUGUUACGAGCAAUCUGCUGAACCGGAAGAAUGCACAGUCUGGCACGGCUGCCCAUCUGCCACUCAUAGAAGACGCCGCUCUUUUUGAGUUCUACCAGAACAAGUACACCCCCAUGAAUAUUCUGCGCUAUGUUCAAAUUAAAAAGGUGGGUGCCAAACAGUCCAAACAGUCGAAUGGAGUUUUCUUUAUCACCACAACAAUCUUAAUACUACUCUAG